AUGAACGAUUAUUUAGUAUCAUCAACAACGGCAAUCAUGAAUGAUCCAAAUAAUAUAAAUAGUAAUAAUAAUAUAGAUAAUAAUAAUAAUAAUAGUACCACUACUACUAAUGAUAGUAAUAAUAGCUAUAAAACUCAUAAAAAACAGCAAAGUAUUGGUGGUACUAAAAAUAAAGCAGUUAUUCAUGACUAUUCAUUCUCGAUUUAUACACCAACCAAUAAUAAAAAUAAUGAAACGAUAGACAAUAUAGUUACUAAUCAUAAAGGUCCAACAACCAAAUUUACAAAAGAUUUAUUAGAGUUCUAUAAAAAAUGUAACCCAAAUUUUAAUUAUAUUCCAUCACUAAACCCAAGAAGAGUUUUAACACACCCCAGCGAACCAGUUUCAAAUGAUGGGAACGAUAAUUCAAAUUCCGACUAUAUUGUUUAUGUUAAUGAUAUUAUUACAAAUUCAUCUGGUCAAAAGUAUAAGGUUUUGGAUUCAUUAGGUCAAGGCACGUUUGGUCAGGUUGUCAAAUGUAAAAAUGUUGAUACAGAGGAAUUGGUAGCAAUUAAAAUUUUAAAAAAUAAAGCAGCAUAUCAUCAUCAGGGUAUUUUAGAAAUUCAAACAUUAAAAUUCUUAAAUGAACAGCAUGACCCAGAAGAUAAAAAUCAUAUAUUAAGACUUUUGGAUUCUUUUGUUCAUAAAAGACAUUUAUGUAUAGUUUUUGAAUUACUCAGUGUCAAUCUGUUUGAACUUAUAAAACAAAAUAAUUUUCGAGGUCUUUCAACUAAUCUUAUUAAAGUAUUUUUAAUACAGAUACUGGAUGCUCUUAUUGUUUUGUCAAAUGCAAAUGUAAUACACUGCGAUUUAAAGCCAGAGAAUAUUUUAUUACAAAAUGUUAAUACACCAGCAAUUAAAAUUAUAGAUUUUGGAUCUGCUUGUUUCGAAGGAUCAACAGUUUAUUCAUAUAUACAGUCAAGGCAUUAUAGAUCACCAGAAGUUUUAGUUGGAACAGGAUAUUGCUCAAUGAUAGAUAUGUGGUCGCUGGGAUGCAUUUCAGCAGAGUUAUUUUUAGGUUUGCCAUUAUUUCCAGGUAAUUCAGAAUAUAAUCAAGUUUCUCGUAUUGUUGAAAUGCGUGGAAUAUUUAAUGUAGAACUUUUGGACAAGGGAAAAUACACAUCAAGAUAUUUUAAUAGAAAUGUUGGUGAUGGAAAAACAGUUUAUACUUUAAAAACUGAAGAGGAAUAUCAACGAGAUUCAAAAAUUACGUUGUUACCAUCAAAAAAGUAUUUUAAUUACAAAACUCUACCAGAGAUCAUACAGAAUUAUAUAUUUAAAAAGGGUUUAUCGCCUCAAGAAAUUGAAAAAGAAAAACAACAUAGAGUCGCAUUUGCAGAUUUUGUAAAUGGUUUAUUACAAAUAGAUCCAAAAGAUAGGUGGUCACCAAAGCAAGCAAGGGAUCACCCAUUUAUAACGGGGUCAGCAUUUACUGGACCAUAUAUACCCGACCCAUCAAAGAAAAGAUAUGUCACACCAUCACCACCAAAAAAAAUCCCAGAUCUAGUUAACCACAACCAACAAAUGUUUUUACAAAGACAAAGGCAAACAAUUAAUAAUAUACCAUCAUUUCAACUAUAUGGAAAUAAUAGUAAUAAUAAUAUAAAUAAUAAUAACAAUAACAAUAAUAACAAUAAUAUAGCGAAUGGUAAUACAUCGAAUCAAUCAUAUACAUCAUCAAAUAGUAAUACACCAAUACUUGCAAGUAGUAGUAAUAGUUCAGGUAAUUUAAAGAAAAAUGUACCUUCAUUUAAACAGUUCCAAAAUGAUAAUUAUUUUCCAGAAUCAUAUUCUCCUAGAGGGUUAUUCGUACCAUCUUCAGCUUAUUCUUUAACAGGUUCACAGUCAAAUAUACCAAAUGGUUCAAAUGGUAAUAACACAAAUGGUAUUGGUUUAGCAUUGGGUCAAAGUCCAUCAUUGUUUGGUACUCCUUCUAUUUUUCCACCCUAUAGUCCAAUUUAUAAUCAAUCUCCAGUUGCAACUCCAAAUAGUAUGUAUUAUGGUUCAUCAUGGGGUUCUGAUUCAAGUCUUUCAUUAAAUUCCUCAACUCCUACACAAAAACAGCAAAUGUAUCCACCAUUACCUACAACUACUUUACAAUAUAAUAAUAAUAAUAGCAAUAACAAUAAUAUGCCCCAAAGAAGACAAAGAAGUAAAAGUGAGGUUCCUUCAGACUCUUUAUCAAGUUCUGAGGGUAUGGAGCCACUAUCACUUCAACAAUACCACAUGCAACAAUUACAAUUGCAACAAUUGCAACAAUUACAAUUACAACAGGAUUAUCUCUCCGAAGAAAAACCACCAAUUUAUCCAAACUCACCACAAAGAAAGAGAUCACAUUCGGGAUAUAUCGAGUUUAAUAAUUAUCCCCAACAACAACAACAACAACAACAGCAGCAACAACAGCAACAACAACAGCAACAACAACAACAACAACAGCAACACCACCAUCAACACCCCCAACAACAGCAACAGCCACCUUAUGUUCCUCGUAUGCAUUUGGAAAGCUAUAAUAGAUAUAGAUCAUUGAGUCAUGGUGACCAUAAUGCAUAUAAACAAAAAAAUUUACAUCUUCAACAACAACAACAACAACAACAGCAACAACAACAAAGAUUUAUUCAAAUGGGCUCACCACCAUCGCAUUUAUCUCCCCCAAUACCACAAUCUCCUCAAUUAAUGUCAUCUUAUCCACAACAAUAUUCACAACCACGACAAUCCCCAUUCACCCCACAAAUGGUUUCAUCCUCUUCCUCCCAAAUCGAACCAAUUAGCCCAACAUUGAUGGGUGAUUCAUUUGCUUGGAAUAAUCCCUCACCAAACGAAGAUUUUAUUUUCCCCAUGGAUUUAAUAGGCACUCCAUCAAAUUCAUCAGCAAAUAUUUUAGGUAAAUCUGCAUCAAGCCCAAUUAAAGGUUCUACAGGUUUAGUUCCUAUACCCACAAUUCCCGCUUUUAUGGAUGAGAUAUCCCAAGAAAUGUCAAGUCUUCAUUUUAAUGAUCAGCAACAGCCAUCACAGCCACUACCACCUCAACAAUAUAGUUCCAAUAACAAAAUCAAUCAAUGGCCAACAAAUUCAUAUUUUAAUAAUGGUGAUUAUAGUGAGGAUAUCAUGGGGUUUAGUCCUUAUACUCAUUCAUUUCAAUCACCACCAAAUAAAUCGUUUUAUGGAAGCAGUAGUAAUAGUGGUGGAAGACCUAAUCAAUCAUUUACCAGUACUCUUAUUCCACCACCACAAUCAUCUAGUUCCUCUUCUUCAUCUUAUAUACAAAAUUCUCCACCUUCCUCAUCCACACCAUUAAGUAAAUCUGGCGGUAUUCCAAAAAAUAAUAAUAAUAAUAAUAAUAAUAGGGGCAGAGCAGAUUCACUUAAACAACAAAGAUUUAAUAGUACAAAUAAUCUCUUGGGAACCAGUGGAGGUUAUCAACAACACCAAUUCCGAACUAGCAAUCCUUUAAUAUCACCACCUAUGAAUGGUUUAAGAUCCAAUUCAGAGGUACCAGAAGAAUAUAAAUAUCAAUAUAUACAACAACAACAACACUUACAGCAACAACACAUACAGCAACAUUUUAAUAAUAUGAAUAACAAUAAUAUAUAUAAUAGCAGUAAUAGUAAUGAUAAUACAAACUUGCCAACAAAUAAUAAUAAUAAUAAUGUGAAUAAUAAUGUGAAUAGUAAUAAUAAUAAUAAUAAUAAUAAUAAUAAUAAUAAUAAUAAUAAUAAUAAUAAUAAUAAUAAUAAUAAUAAUAAUAAUAAUAAUAAUAAUAGUAAAAAAGUUGUUAUUGGUGGUUGUUAUAGAGAAAUAUCUUUUGAAUAA